AUGGCAGGGGUGAAUGGAGACCGUAAAGGGAAGAAAGAUGACAAUGGCAUUGGCACAGCCAUUGACUUCAUGCUUUCCAAUGCUAAGCUUGUUCUGGGGGUGGGAGGAGCAGCCAUGCUUGGCAUUGCAACACUAGCUGUCAAAAGAAUGUAUGACCGUGCCAUAAGUGCUCCCACCAGUCCUACCAAGAUGGAGCAGACAGGAAAGAGAAGCUGUGAGGAGCCCGCCUGGAUGGGUUCGUCACCAAGGGUACUGAACCAGGACAUGAAGUCCACAGUUAGCAGGUCAUUACAGUCUCUGCCAACUUCCUCACAUGCUUUUGAACCAGACUGCCUGCGGAGGGCCAUGGGUCGAGCUGCUGUGGGAGGCAGUGGGGCCACUCAGUCCGACCUGCUGCGGGCCCGCAUGCGUUUGUCCCUGCAGGAACGUCUUUGGGAGUUCUACCAGAAUAAUGUGGACAUCCCUGCUGAGGAGCAGGCUAUGGCCAGGAGGGCAGCUCUGGACAUCUGUGCGGAGCUCAGAGUGUUUCUUCACGCUAAACUGCCUGACAUGCCACUCAGAGAGAUGUACCUGAGUGGCAGUCUGUAUGAUGACCUGCAGGUGGUUACAGCAGACCACGCCCAGCUUAUGGUGCCUCUCAUCUUGGAAAAGAACCUGUGGUCGUCUAUCCCCGGGGAGGACACCAUCAUGAAUGUCCCAGGUUUCUGGCUCGUCCGCAGGGAGAAUUUGGAAUAUUUCCCACGGAACAGCAGCUACUGGGACCGCUGCAUGGUUGGAGGUUACCUCUCCCCCAAAUCAGUCCUCGAGGUCUUUGACAAGCUUGUGGCUGGCUCCAUCAACUGGCCUGCUAUAGGGAGUGUCCUCGACUACAUCAUCCGUCCCGUGGUUCCCUCAGAAACACUGACCCUGGAGGUACAGUAUGAAACGGACAGGAAGUUAUAUGUGGACUUCCUACCGUUACUUGUGAUGGAGGAUGGAACCUCACUGAUUGCUAAACCACAUCGGCUUGCGGCAGAGCGCCACGAAAACCUGUGGCGGCAGAGCUUCAGAGUGGCUGAGACGGCGCGACUCAGGGCUCUGGAUCAGGAGGACGGAGGCUGCAGAUGUGCCUGCCUAAAGGUGGGGAAGGCGGUGUGCAAGCUCAACCCUGCCCUUCAACGGCUCAACGCUAGCCAGCUAACCAAUGCCAUCUUGUUGCUAAGUGAAAAAGAAGGUGACUGGACCCAGGAAGCGCUGGCGGACCGCUUCCUCCAGCUGCUACGAGCACUGGUGGGACACCUAGAGGCUGGAAGGCUGCCGUGUGCCCUCAGCCCUAAGGUUAACUUAUUCUGUGAGCUGACAGAACAGGAAGUAGACGAGCUGGGGUACACACUCUACUGUGCCCUCUCAGAUCCUGAGGGGCUGCUAAGAACUGCUCUGGCACAGCCAAUCACAUCCCUGACAACCUCGUCACUACACAGCAACGUGGCACUGAAAUGUCAACCACUGUUUAUGUGCGCAAUGGUGACCUCGAGCCAAAACGAGGUUAACGGAAAAACAAACAUCUGCAUGGAAUCAUCCUCUCUCCUAAAACACAUGGUUUCUUAAUUUCUAAAUGCCGCGACACAAACAUCUGUGCAGAAAUGUGAUACACACAGUAGCAGUGUUGAUCAGUGUGACAUGAAAACCUUUCAUGGUGUGAUCAUCCAAAUAUUUAGAUCUCAAAUGAAAUUCAGGGGUCAUGGAGUUCAUGGCGCUCACUAAAGCCAUUGUAUUAAUGAAGCUAAGAGUAGGCAUGCUGUUAGGGCUUAAUACACUGGAAUGGAGGGACUGAACUCUGGAUUUACUGAUCCAUAUUAAAAUGGAUAAUGCCAUAUUUGAGCUUUUUUUUAAUUGGAAGAGUUUUAGGAAUACAGACACAUGUCUAAUGCAGUUAAAGUUACCAUGGUGAUGGUGUUGACUGUUUUGAGAUGGGUCAGUGCCACUGUGUCGAGGACUAGAAUGUAAUGUUGACUGUGUGUAUGCCAACCCAAAAGCUAAUAAAUUGUUGAUCAGCCUGAAGGACUCAACAUUUUUGAGUUAAAGAGAUGAGCUAACGUUUCAUGUCCCCUUUGCCAUUAAAUGUAACGUUUGUCAAGGUUUUUAUAAAAAAACGAAAAAACAAAAAAAAAACCCCUGUCAUUAACACGGUGGCCACAUUCAAGAUGUAUGCUUUACAUGUUUCCAGUGCUGUGUGAAAACAAACAUUAGGCUGUGUGUAUGGAAUGUCUGCAGCUUGCAUGUGUUGGCUACCUAAUCUAGAAAUCAAACAGGUGAAUAUGCACUGACCUAUGCGUCGAGGACUAUUUCUAAUACUUAAUACACACCAUUCGACAAUGAAUCUGAUAUAAAAUUGAAUGAACAUUGACAAAUGGAAUAUUGUAUUUAUGGAAAAUACACAGUUUCUGAAAUGUUGCUGGUUCAUGAAAUCUGAACUACAAUACACCACCAUCAUUUUCUCUUACACUUUCCAAACUUAGAGAUGCUCUUUUUUUGCUGCUGUGAAAAGUUGGUUUCUGUCUCCACAGGUCUGAUAUGCUUUAUUAACUGAUGAUUAGUUUGUACAGCCUCCAUCACUGGUUAUUUGGCACUGUCGAAAGUGUUUCAGUUUGACUCUGUAAGUGCUGUUGUCUACUGGUUUUUGCUUUAAAUUCCACCUCCGAUCUUCUUUGAUCAUUAUGUUCAAUAUUGCAUACACACGUUUGGGCUGGGUCUCGAUCUUUUCAGCAUGUGGUAUGCUUUGUGGACACUUGAGUUUUCAUAAACUUCCUCUACAGUAUCAGAAAUUCAUGACAACCACACACUGCUGUGAACUGUGUUAGUACUAACCUGCAGGAGAACGUUGUAGGGUGUUUGUCAAAUGGCGAAUUAGUCUCAGUAUUAACUUCAGCUCUUGUCUUGAUUUCAUGUAAAGUGUGGAGCCUGUUACCUCUGUAGUACUGUGUUUGUGUGCAUACCUGUGCACGUUCCAAGUCCACAUUAAACCCCGAUUAAUACGUAGGUACUGAUUGGGCCCAGUCUUGUCUUGAGCCAGACGUGGAUUAGUGUGGCACCAGGCUGUAUCACACAGCUCAAGAGGGCAGGUGCUGUUACUUGUCUGGCACUAUUCUGCAACAACAACACAUGGCACAGAUCAGGUUGUGUGACCUGUGGUGAUUAUCACCACCAGCAGGAUGCUUCUAUCUGUCAGGUCUACGUGUAUGUUAAUAGAUUACAGGUGCUAAUCUCUGUAGAAUACGAUCUGCAAUUAUGUAACAGCAGCUUUGAUAGCCAAGGUUUCUGAUGUUACAUCAGCCUGGUCCUCAUCAUUUUAAGCUGCACAGUUCCACAUGUAGUGAUAGUUGACUCUUGGACUAACUACAAUAGCUGGCAGACUUUGGAGUUUAUAGUAUCUCUAUCUAAAUUAGUACUCAAAAUAUAUUGUCCAAAAUCAUCACAUGGCUGCUUUUUGUUCUCACUUUUAGCCUUAGAAUGAAUUUUAAAAAAUGCGAUAUGGAGCAAGUGUCCCCUCAAUCCGUCUCAGUUUGUACACUACUGUACAAAAUGGAGGGAUAUGGGUUGUUUAUAGUUCUGUUGGUCAUUCAGUUAAAACAAUCAUCCAGAUAAUAAUGGAGAGACAGGUGAAUAUUUUUGUAUUUAUUGUACAUUUGUAACCAAAAAGAGCUGAAUAUUUAUUUGCAUUGAUUCAAUUCCACAAGUCUCACUCAAUGUGCUUCAUUAAGUGCUUUGUUCUAGGUAUAAAUGAAUCCACAGUAGAUCUUCUUUGUGUGCAUAUUAAACGUCUUCCUUUGCAGACCUAAUUUAUGCUACAAAUUACUACUGUGCUAAUGUGAGGGGAGUCACUGUGCCACAUGUAAUGUUGUAAAACAAAAACCCAAAGUAGAUCACUACCUCUACCUUGUGGGGUGCAUACUAGCCAUAUGCUGUGUUGCAUGCUGUGUAUACUUUCCCAGCUUUUGUUUUUCUUUUUUUAGUUCAGCUCUGGAGUUUAACAGUGCAGCACUUUGUAUACUUCAUUAAAUGUUACAAAUGA